AUGGGGAAAUACAUAAAGAAGGGAAAGAUCGCGGGCGAGGUCGCCGUCAUGGAGGUCUCGCACCAGUCCUCACUCGGCGUCCGCACCAGGGCCAGAACCUUGGCUCUCCAGCGACUUCAAAGGGCCUCUUCUCCAACCCCCUCCCCCUCCACGGCGGCCGAGAACGACGACGGCUCCUACCUCCAACUCCGAAGCAGGAGGCUGGAGAAGGCUCUGGUCGCGGCAACCAGAACCAAGGAGAAGGACAGCUUCAAGGACGGCUCCAAGCCGGGCAACCCAGGGAAAACAUCCCCCGACCCAGCAAGCACUAGGCCCAGGUUAUCAGCUUGCUCCGCGAAUUCUGUGCCCGCGACGAAGGGCUGCACGCAGAAUAGUACGAGAGGGUGGGAGGAACUGGAGGCGGAGGCAUCGCCGGACAACGACGGCGUCGAGGCGUCAUCCGGGGAAAAUGUCCUGGAAUUCGACCCUCAAGACCGGUGAGUUUCGUUUUUUUCAUUUCGCCAUGUAUUAUGAAUAUAAUUAGCCCUAAAUUUCGGUGAGGGAAUGAGCCUUUACCCCGCUGACAUCGUUCCGGUUCCCCGGCCAUCUGCUUAAGUUUUAACUGAUUUCCGACAUCUCUCUUAUGUUUCCUCUCCUUGUAAGACCUUAUCACACCUUUUGGUUCUUCGAAUCUUCCUUUUUUUCUUCUGAUUUUGUCUACAAGAAUUUUUUCUCCCAGACUCUUAACUGAAUCAUUUCUCUUUUGGGUUGCGGUUUAAAGCUCUUCUAUUCGUGAUUUUGCCCCUUUUCUCUUCUGUCUUUUAUUUAUCCAUCGUCUCUCUUUCUCUCUCUCCCCCUCUCUCACAGAACCAAUUAAAUAUAUGCAUGUAGAUUUUUGUAUGUUAUCUCUGGCGAACGGGUUCCUGGUUCAUCUUUUCCUUUGUUUCGAUUCUGGACGGUGACUCCCUUAGUGGAUUACGGUCGCAUUUUCUCCGUUUUGAUAAGCCCGAGUAUUGGUCUCCACCCUAAGUAUCUUGCAUACUCUUUUUUUUUUCCGAGUGUCGUCAUCGACAGAGCAUCCCUGUCUGCAUCGCUCUUCGAGAUCAUCGUUUUCGGAUCAAAGUUGGCCUAUUUCUUUGGUUUACUCAUCCUAUUUCUUACCGUUGAGAUUGGUCGGGCGGACUAGUCGGGUUUUUCAUUGCAAGUGGGUUUGAAUAUCUCGUCAUGGAAUGGACCUUCCACUCUGUUUCUCCGGCAUAAGCCUUCUUGGAUUCACCGAAUCCGGGAGCGGUUUACUGCGUGGAAAUAGGAAAUGGGUCACUUCAACGAUGCUUAGAUACAAAGCCCUUUCCGAGUUUUCAUCAGAGAAUGCUCUUUCUAGAAACCCAGGUCGGAUUUUGAAGCAAGGACGGGUCUAGAAACUCACUUUUGUAACUUCUGAAAUGCCCUGUACUUGGGUUUGACUCUUUCUCCAGCCGAGCUUGCAUCAGAUAUGGUGGACCUUUCUCCCAUCAUUGGCAGAAAUCGUGAAGAGAUUUUGGCCAGGCGGCGGAGAUCGAUCGUAUUUGGUCAGUCAAAAUCUCUCUGAUGGAAUAAUCUAAAUUUUCUACCUUUGCAGGAGCGCCAGGGAGACGACGCCUUGCAGCAGCUUCAUCAGGGAUUCGGAGGCGGCGGGCACGCCGGGCUCUACCACGAGGCGGAGGACCACACCUGCCGCGAGGCAGCGCGCGACGCGCAGGAGCAUUCCCACCUCCGAGAUGGAAGAAUUCUUCGCAGGCGCCGAGCAAUGGCAGCAGAGAAUAUUCACGGAUAAGUACGUCUCUUCUUCGCCUCCUCCGUAUUCUUCUCCUGUUCCUCUUACUUCUCUUCGCUGGUUUUCUCAUAUUCUCCGUGGGAUUCUUCCCUUGUCUCGCCGCAGGUACAACUUCGAUCCGGUGAAUGAUUGCCCCCUCCCCGGUCGAUACGAGUGGGUGAGGCUGGAUUCGUAG